AUGAGGCUGGUCCCCCUUAUAUAUCAACUCGCCACACUCCUUCUUGUCCAUGCUCAAAAUGCUUGCAUCGGACGAUCCACGUUCAGGAGUCCAGCUAACUCAGACAUCCAGGUCCUCUGUGGCUCUCGAACAGUGGACCUUCAAAUCUUGUUGUGUCCCAUCUAUUUCAAUGGAUAUAAUGAGUCCCUGCUGGCCCUCAACUCAGAGCACACCAAACAGCAGUGUAAAGGGACUCCUGACUGGACGGCCGACCCACCUGUUGUCAAAUUCAACUUCUCCAUCACAGAGGACGCGAUCACUGCCUGCUCCAGCAAGCUGACAGUCACUCAGGAGAUGGGAACUGGACUGUUGGCAGACUUCUCCCAUGUCCAGUACAUCAACAUCUCAGGCAUGGUCUGCUCGAAGGACCCCAGCACAGGAGCCAUUACCUAUCACCAAGAGGUGAUGUACAGGUUCUCCUGCCGCUACCCUCUUCAGUACCUGGUCAACAAUACUCAGAUGAGCGUGUCUGGGGUCAGUCUGGCAGUCAAAGACAAUAAUGGGAGUUUCAUCAGCACGCUGAGCAUGCGACUGUAUUCGGACAAUGACUACUCCUUCAUGCUGCGGAUCCCCCCGGGAGGCCUUGAGCUAAAGACCAGGAUCUUUGUAGAAGUGAAGGCGUCCAACCUCACCAACAGAUUCAACGUGCUCCUGGACCGAUGUUAUGCCACGACCUCACCUUUCCCCAUCAACACCACAUCUCACAAUCUCUUUGUUGGGUGUGACCGAGAUGGCCAGACUGUAAUGGGAGUCAACGGGCAACAGCAGGAAGCUCGCUUCUCCUUCGAGGCUUUCCGCUUUGUCCAAAGCACAGAUGAGACUUUCUCCACUUAUUAUGUACACUGUGCCACCCGGCUUUGUAUGAACUCCUUCUGCCACAACCUGAUUCAGAACUGCACCAGCAGCACCAACUCAAGAACACGCCGCAGCAUCAGCGACCACCAGGGCACCAUAGUGAGUGACAUGGCCACCAUCAGUUCAGGCCCCAUCACCACCCGCUCAGAUAACGGUGAGAACCUGAAUGGCUAUUUGCUGGCAUCUGGAGGAACUGUGCAGACUGAUAUGAAUAGCACCAUGCUGGCUGUUUCAGUCGUAGCGGGCGUUGUCGGAGCCAUCUGCCUUACUCUGGUGGUUUUCAUUGUUUACCACAUGUACAAGUCCAAAAUCAUUUCCAGCGAGACAAUUCUGUGCCCACAGAAGUGA